AGCUGAUAGAGUUAUCCUAUGUCUCAUUCGUAAACAGUUUAGUUUUAUCGGUCUUUUUCCUUUGAUUCCAUAUUCGUAACUCUGGGAAAGCUUUUCAUACUGUCUGGUUCGUUGAUAUUUAAUAACUAACGAUAUUCUUGCUCUGUUGGCACUGCCAUUCGCUCUCUGUUUUGUUAAAUUAUUUAAAGAAAUAUGUCUGAUUCGGAUGAUUGUGAUUGGUUUGACAAGGACGAUGAUGCCUUAAUGAGAGAUUUUGAAAGGAAUAUGAAAGCCAAAGAAGCAGAACGUAUGGAGGAACAUAUCAAAGUGCCGACAAAUAAUUUGGAUAACUACAUCAAAGAGUUAACAUUAAAGGCCUCUUCAUCCCACACAAAAAAGAGCGGUAAUGCGAACAAAAAGAAAUGCAAUAUUGCAGAACUGCGAAAGAUAAAUGCCUUGUCACCGCUGGAUCAGUUUCUUUAUACACACACAAUGGAAUAUGACUUUUACAGUGGGCAAUUGCAGCCCAAUGACAGUCAGGAGAAGGUUAUUUUAUAUACCAGCAUAUUGGCUGCGAUAUGUCGCUUGGAGCUACCGGGUUUCCAGAAGCCUCUGCUGCAGGCUUUUCGUGACAACAUUUGUUUACAGGAGCAUCUACGCCUGCUGUUGGCCAAAUUGUUUUGCAAGCGCUUUAAAGAUAUGUGGAAACAGCCAAAGGAUAUGGAGUAUUUAUUGGAAAACAUAGAAUUGUUGUUUAUACAAAGCUGUAGCAGUGAAACCAUUAACGUUGGUCAUGAUAAAGAACAGGAUAUGCUUAAAGACUUAUUGAAAAUAUUGGACAAAAGUGAUAACGACUUGGCCGUGUGUAAAAAGUAUAAAAAUCGUCUCAAAGAAAAUCUUCAGGCUCUUGUAGAUAAUGCCAAAAGUUCAGAAACAAGUACCUGGGAAAUAUAUCCAACAAUUGAUGAGCUAUUAAAUGAUGCAUCACAGUGUAAUGGAGAAGAUAUGACCAAAUCCCUUCUACCCGUCCAACAAUACUUGAACAGGCAUAUGCAAUUUCUUAAGGAAGAUUUUCUCUUGCCCCUGCGUGAAUGUGUUAAAUAUGUGAAGAGUAGUGCAUCCCAAUGUCCUGAUAAUUUCCAUCUCUUUGAUGAUGUUUUUAUUGUAUUGAAUGAACAAUUUCUGGAUGCAAAUCGUCAUGAACUGUUAUUUGUGGAUAUCCUUGGAAGUCGGCGGAAUUUAGAUGACGAUGGUAACACGAAUAUACCAUGGGAGGUACAGGAAAAGUUGUGGAAAAUAAAAUCCGGCGCCUUGCUGUGUUUCACUACAUCCCGGGAUUUUGAUAAUCUGAUUUUGGCCACCGUCACCUACACCAGUCAGGAUUGCCUGAAGGAAGGAUAUAUUGGCAUUGAAAUAGCUCGUCAGCAUAAUAUUGGCAACAUCUAUAAAAGACCAUUGCUAAUGUUUGAAACUCCAGCCUUUUUCGAACCUUAUCACAAUGUUUUCAAUUACUUGAAAAAUUGCAAUUCAGCCGAAUUUCCCAUGAAACAAUAUAUUGUGGAUGAAGAGCAUCCCACCACGGCGCCCAAAUACUUAACAAACGAUACUCUAUAUCAAUGUAAUGGGCAAAAAUUCCAUCCCUUAAGAGAGUCUCUCGAAAAAAAUACUCUAGAAUUAAAUCUCUCACAACUGGAAGCAUUUUCCAAGGCCUUAAAACAAGAGUUUGCAUUAAUUCAAGGUCCCCCGGGAACUGGUAAAACCUACCUAUCCGUCCAGAUAGUUAAGACAUUAAUAGAGAAUGCCGAAACGCCGUUAAUUCUGAUUACCUACACAAAUGAGUCAUUGGAUAAGUUUUUGGUAAAGUUAUCGGCCUUUACAGAGAAUAUAGUUAGAUUUGGUAGCCAAACCAGAGAUCAACGUAUUGCCAAAUAUAAUGUCAAAGAUGUUGUUGAACAUUCACUGAUUAAUCCCAAAUUAAAGAGGUUAUACUAUCUCUGUAGCCUGGAAUUCAAGGAGGCUUUUGGUUAUCUGCAACAAAAGCAUCGGGAAUUUGAUGGCGCGGACGAAUCUUAUGGAGAGAUUUUAAAGGCUCAAAGUAAACUGGCUGAGGUCAGUGAAAAACUAAGAACCCUCAAAACAAUGUUUCAGUACUAUGUGGCUCGGGAGAAAUCCAUUAUUGGCAUGACCACAACAUGUGCGGCCAAAACUAAUUUUUUGUUUCGUUUGCUGAAAAGUAAAAUUGUUAUUUUUGAGGAAGCUGCUGAAAUCUUAGAAUCCCAUAUUGUGGCCUGUCUGACACCCCACACCCAACAUGUCAUUAUGAUCGGUGAUCAUCAACAACUGCAACCGUAUACCUCAAAUUAUCAAUUGCAACAAAAAACCCAAAUGAACAUAUCUCUAUUUGAGAGAAUAUUUUGCAAACAUCCCAACCCCAUUGUUUUGCGUACCCAAUAUCGUAUGCAUCCGAAAAUUGCUGAUCUUCUGUCGAAUACAAUAUACAAAGAUUUAGAUAGUGAUGAAAGUGUUACUCACUAUCCAGCCAUAAGACAAAUGUCUACAAAUCUAUUCUUUAUGAAUCAUAAUAAGCCAGAGGCCAAGACCGAACAAGAUUCGUCACUCUAUAAUCCAUAUGAAGUCACACAAGUUGUGCAAUUGUCUUUGCAUUUGGUACAAAAUGCUUUGUACAAUGUGGAGGAUAUACAAAUUUUAAGCCCCUAUGCAAGACAAAUUGAGAUGAUACGGAAGCAGCUGCAACAACAUCCCUCUUUACAAGCUCUUAAAGCCUGCACCGUGGAUAGUUUCCAGGGUUUGGAGUGCAACAUUGUUAUACUGUCAUUGGUGCGCAGUAACAGUACAUCUCAAAUUGGUUUCCUGAAACAAAGUAAUCGCAUUUGUGUGGCCCUGUCACGUGCCAAGCAUGCCAUGUAUUGUAUCGGCAAUUUGGAUCUCUUAAGUCAGUGUAGUACCAUUUGGAAGGAGAUUGCUGAGAAAUUGCAACAUCACAAGGCCGUGGGUGAUAAAUUUCCCAUUGAAUCGGAGAACUAUUUUUAUGAUAAAUAAGUAAA